CCCGCCCACACCCGGAAGUCCCCGCCCACACACGGAAGUCGCGGGCCCGCCCACACCCGGAAGUCGAGGCCCCGCCCGACCCGGAAGUCGAGGCCCCGCCCACACUCGGAAGUCGAGGCCCCGCCCACACCCGGAAGUCGAGGCCCACCCGCCGCCCCGCUGGGUCCGCUCGCGCCGGGAUGUACAUGCAGGUGGACACCCGCUCCGGCGCCGUCCUGCGCCUCAAGAGGGCCCCGGGCGCCAGGUCCUGGUCCCUGCUGGUCGGGAUCCUGUCCAUCGGGCUGGCGGCCGCCUACUACAGCGGAGACAGCCUGGGCUGGAAGCUCUUCUACGUCACGGGCUGCCUGUUCGUGGCCGUGCAGAACCUGGAGGACUGGGAGGAAGCCGUCUUCAAUAAGAGCACCGGGAAGGUCACCCUGAAGACCUUCAGCCUGUACAAGAAGCUCCUGACCCUGUUCAGAGCGGGCCACGAGCAGGUGGUGGUCAUGCUGAGCGACAUCCGGGACGUGAGCGUGGAGGAGGAGACCGUGCGCUACUUCGGGAAGGGCUACGUGGCGGUGCUGCGCUCCGUGACCGGCUUCUCCCACCCCCUCACCCAGAACGCGGUCAUGGGCCACCGCAGUGAUGUGGACGCCAUCGCCAGGCUCAUCGUGAGCUUUCUGGAGCUGCGCCGUCCGGAGAGCCCCUCGGAGCUGUCCCAGAGCAGCGACAGCGAGGCCGAGGGCUCCGGGGGCCAGAGCUGACGGCCGCCAGCCCCAGCCUCCCUCCUGAUGGCGCUGGUGCGGGCCCGUGGGCCUGGCCAUCCCUGCUGCCCGCUUCUGCCCUCAGCAAAGCCACAGCCGGACCCGCCUGCAGGAUCUGAGGGCCAGCCUGGGCGUGUGGAGUGCAGCCCGCCCCCGCGGAGCCGGCCCAGCCCUGAACAGGACCGCGGGCGCCGGGGCUUCCAGAGCAGAGGGCGGGAGGCUGCCAGUUGCAUCCAGACGCAGCAGGGUGGGGGGCAGCUAGGACUAUCCCCAGGGAACCCUGCUUCUCCUGCCCCUUCCCACAGCUGUUCUCCAUGGUCAGAAGUGAGGUGCCUGCCAGCGGCAGGGGGGAGAGGGGUGUCCGUGUGACCUGCUCUCAAGCCCCCGCCCACAGGGGCGCGCUCUGCCCAGCCCCGCGGCCACCCUCCCCCAGCACUGCUGCUUCACCAGGCCCGCGGGUCUGGCGUGGCCUCCAAGGGUCUACAAGCCAGCUGCCCCUCGAGGCAGGGAUCCGGCCUCUCCCCACCCUAGGGGCCUCUGUGCUGGCAGGGUGUGGCCAGGCUCAUCACUGGCCCGGUGCGCCCCACACGGGGCACCUGCUGUACCGUCCCAGGGCUCCCCUCCCCCACGGAGAGUGUCCUGGCCCCAGGUGGGCCCCACAGGGCUGCCAAGAGUCCCGGGGGAGGCUGCGGGGGGGCAGGGCGGCGGUCUGGACGACCGGGGUGAGGGGCCCCCUCCUCAGCUAUCAGACGGGGACACCGAAACGUGCUAGGGUUUAAGUGGAGGAAUCCAAAGUGCUUUUUUUCUUUAAAAAAUAAAUAAUGUGACUGCUGUGCUCGGUCCAGUGUGUGCGCCCCGGUG